ACAGAGGCUUUUGCUGUCGUUCGUGAAGCUGCAAAAAGGAAGCUCGGUAUGCGUCAUUUCGAUGUGCAGAUUAUAGGUGGGGCGGUGCUUCAUGAUGGGUCCAUUGCAGAAAUGAAAACGGGAGAAGGAAAAACGUUAGUUUCCACAUUAGCAGCAUAUCUUAAUGCGCUGACUGGUGAAGGUGUUCAUGUGGUAACUGUAAAUGAUUACCUUGCUCAACGAGAUGCUGAGUGGAUGGGUCGUGUUCAUCGCUUCUUAGGUCUUACUGUGGGCCUUGUUCAGAGGGGGAUGACAGCUGAAGAGAGGAGAUCCAACUAUAGCUGUGACAUAACUUACACUAAUAAUUCGGAACUUGGUUUUGACUAUCUACGAGAUAACCUUGCUGGAAGCAGUGGGCAACUUGUUAUGAGAUGGCCAAAGCCAUUUCAUUUUGCCAUAGUUGAUGAAGUUGACUCAGUUCUUAUUGAUGAAGGACGAAAUCCGUUGCUAAUUAGUGGAGAGGCUAGUAAGGAUGCUGCACGCUAUCCUGUUGCUGCUAAAGUGGCUGAUUUGCUUGUGCGAGACAUUCAUUACAAGGUAGAACUUAAAGAUAACUCAGUUGAGUUGACUGAAGAAGGAAUAGCUCUUGCUGAGAUGGCCCUUGAAACAAAUGACUUAUGGGAUGAAAAUGAUCCGUGGGCUAGAUUUGUGAUGAAUGCAUUGAAGGCUAAAGAGUUCUAUCGGCAAGAUGUGCAAUAUAUUGUCAGAAAUGGGAAGGCUCUCAUAAUAAAUGAGCUAACUGGCAGAGUUGAAGAGAAGAGAAGGUGGUCUGAGGGGAUUCAUCAGGCUGUGGAGGCUAAAGAAGGCUUGAAGAUUCAGGCUGAUUCGGUGGUUGUGGCACAAAUCACUUAUCAAUCUCUAUUCAAGCUCUACCCAAAACUUUCAGGGAUGACUGGGACUGCAAAAACUGAAGAGAAAGAGUUCUUGAAAAUGUUCCAAGUGCCAGUUAUUGAAGUACCAACAAAUCUGCCAAACAUUCGUAAUGAUUUACCUAUUCAAGCUUUUGCGACUGCUCAAGGGAAGUGGGAAUAUGUUCGUCAAGAGGUGGAAUACAUGUUCAGACAGGGGCGUCCUGUUUUAGUUGGGAGCACCAGUGUUGAGAAUUCUGAGUACUUGUCUGAUCUAAACUAAAUACAAGAGUCUCUUAAUAGCCUAUUUAACAUUUCUCAUCAGUAUGCGGCAAGGGAGGCUGAAAUUGUUGCCCAAGCAGGACGAAAAUAUGCCAUUACCAUUUCAACCAACAUGGCUGGCAGAGGCACUGACAUAAUUCUAGGAGGAAAUCCAAAAAUGCUUGCAAAAGAGAUCAUAGAGGACAGUUUAAUUUCGUUCCUGACACGAGAAGCUCCUAAUGUUGACGUUGAUGGAGAGGCAAUUUCACAAAAGGUAUUGUCCAAGAUAAAGGUCGGUCCAUCAUCAUUAGCUUUUCUGGCUAAGACAGCGUUAAUGGCUAAGUAUGUUUCGAAAAAUGAAGGCAAGAGCUGGACAUAUAAGGAGGCAAAAUCUAUGAUAUCAGAGUCUGUGGAAAUGAGUCAGUCAAGGGAUUUGAAGGAGUUAGAGAGGCUUGUUGAUGAACAGUCGGAGAUGUACCCUCUUGGCCCUACAAUUGCACUUGCAUAUCUGUCAGUUCUGAAGGAUUGCGAGGUACACUGUCUCAAAGAAGGGUCUGAAGUAAAAAAGCUUGGGGGUCUUCAUGUGAUUGGAACAUCUUUGCAUGAGUCUCGGAGAAUAGAUAACCAGCUUCGAGGCAGAGCAGGAAGGCAAGGUGACCCUGGAUCAACACGAUUUAUGGUGAGUUUGCAGGACGAGAUGUUUCAAAAGUUUAAUUUUGAUACUGAGUGGGCUGUGAGGCUUAUUUCCAAAAUUACAAAUGAUGAGGAUAUGCCAAUUGAAGGUGAUGCAAUUGUUAAACAGCUCCUGGCCCUGCAAAUUAAUGCAGAGAAGUACUUCUUUGGCAUAAGGAAGAGCCUUGUUGAGUUUGAUGAAGUAUUAGAGGUACAGAGAAAGCAUGUCUAUGAACUUAGACAGUCCAUUUUAACUGGUGAUAAUGAAAGUUGUUCCCAGCACAUAUUCCAGUAAGUUUCUGAGUCUCACCAACUUCAUUCUCGCUGCCAUCUAAUUUAUCACCCAAAUAUAGUAGCAUUUUGUGUGUUACUUAAACUUCUUAAUUAAUAAACACUCACUAUUCUAAACAUUGUGUGAGUCCUUCAAAUGUAUUGCUAUUUUGAACUAGAAUACAGUAGGUAAUCAGUUUACAAUAGCAUGCUUGUUCGUACAGACACUUGGAUAUCGGUGAAAAAUUCAAAGCAAUAGACAUCGAGAAAAAUGGUUUUACCUGGUCAAAGGAAGAUUGUUGAUAACUAGUUUAACUUUUAAGCCUCUUUGUUUGCAGUAUUUAGCGAUGUUACAAAUAAAUUUAGAAAGUGUGCCCCAGAAUGCAAAACUGAGUCAUAUCACCUA